AUGCUAGUUCAGGAUUUACAUCAACACAAUCAUACUCAUAAUCAAGAUUUGGAGGAUGGUGGUGAUAACAUCAGGGAGUCUACUGAGAGCUUACUUCCUACUACUGUGACUUUAUUCCCAGAUAUUGCAAACCUAGAAGAUUUUUUCAACGAUGGAGAGGAUGAAACACACCAAGGAAUGACUAUCAUCAAUGAAUGGGCUCUUUCAAAAAUCAGUACACUACAGUCGAAACUUGAACAAAUGCAACAUACACGAGAUGCAAAGUUCUAUAGGGGCAACAGUGGCGGGUUUCAAAAAUUUUCGAGCAGUUCAAUUUACCAACUAGCAAAUGAAGUAUUUGGUUUUAAUGGUUGGUCUACUGAAAUAUUACUGUGUGUAAUGCAAGAAAUUCGCGUCUCAAAUGAAGAACAGGAUGAUCAGGUGGCACGAACUCAUACUACGCUCGAAGCCAAUUCAAACAACUUGGAUCUACUGACAAGAGAAUCUUCUUCUGGAAAAACUUUACUGAGUGGUAAAAGGUACUCAGCUAAAAGUCUGUGUUUGGUUAAAUUGGUAUUGCUAGAUGGAACGUGUCGAGAAGAUUUUGGAUUUGGAACAGCAACCAAUGUGCCUUCAAAACACGCUUGUUUUGCAAAAUGCAAAAAAGAGGCUGUAACUGAUGCCAUAAAAAACGCCAUUCUUGGUUUGCGGGAUGUUUACAAUUGUUACGAACUGAAUCAAUUUUUUCAGAUGUCUAGCUUGAUCAAAAAAAAUGAGUUGCAAAAAAACAGAUAA